AGCCCCUCAUUGCACAGAAAAAAGCACCUGCCCGCCAUGGGGGAAUGCAAGAGCUCCCGGCGCACCUCGCGCCCUCUCCUCCUCCCCGCCAUUGUUGUCGUGCUCGCAUUCUUCGUCGCGCAAUGCGGAGCGAGGGUGCUGACGGUGGACGAGCUGCUGGACCAGUACUCCGAGUCCGACCACCACUCCGCCUCUCCGCCUCCGGGCUCCCCCGGCUGCGCCCCGGAGCCGGAAGCGUCGCCGCCGCCCGUCAUCCCGGCGCCCUCCUUCGCCUAUCUCUCGCCCCCGCCGCCCAUGCAGUUCUACUCCCCUCCGCCCCCCGAGGUCGUGCCCAGCCCGCCUGAGAUCACGCCGAGCCCGCCGGAGGUCGUGCCUAGCCCGCCUGAGAUCGCGCCACUGCCGCCGGUCGUCGCGCCCAGCCCGCCUGAGAUCGCGCCACUGCCGCCAGUCGUCGCGCCCAGCCCGCCUGAGAUAGCGCCACUGCCGCCUGUCGUCGCGCCCAGCCCGCCAGAGAUCGCGCCGCUGCCGCCGCCACCGGAGGUGACUCCCAGCCCACCGGAGGUCACACCGUUCCCGGGGACACCGUACGUGGCGCCCAGCCCACCGGAGGUGACGCCGUUCCCGAGCCCGCCGGAGGUGACCCCCAGCCCGCCAGACUACGCGCCGUACCCGCCGCCGGAGUCCUCGCCGGGGUCGGGGUCGUCCCCGAGCCCGCCGGGGGGCAGCUUCCAGCCACCGGUGGUGCUCCCGCCGACGACCGGGCCGCCGUCGCCGUCGGCGGGGCACGGCGAGUGGUGCGUGGCGAAGCCGUCGGUGCCGGCGGCGAUCGUGCAGCAGGCCAUGGACUACGCGUGCGCUUCGGGCGCCGACUGCGAGUCCCUCCAGGCCGACGGCGCCUGCUUCAAGCCGGACACCAUGACCUCCCACGCCUCCUACGCCUUCAACAGCUACUGGCAGCGCGCCAAGUCCACCGGCGCCACCUGCGACUUCGGCGGCACCGCCAUGCUCAUCACCAAGGACCCGAGCUAUGAUAACUGCCAUUACAGUGUGAUGUGAAGAACAGAACAGCCUCCCAACAGAUGCCAUCAAUGGUGUAUGGUUUUGGAAGCUGGACACCAUUUUCUCCUCAAGUUCAGCGGAAGUAGUACAGAUAUAAUAUACAUGUAGGCUGUUUUCUGAAUGUGACAAUGUUGAUUUUGUGUAUGUAGACAUCUGACUUUUGCUUCCUUUUGACACAUAUUGUUUUGUAUAAUUCAUAAUAGUGCUAUAUGUAAUGUAAUUUUCCAUCUUCAUGAAUUUCAUAAUGGCAACCACAUUUGUCAGUUGACAAGUCUCUGACAAAGGCUUCGCUAAC